CUCAUCGGCAUGUUUAUCUGUAUGGGUGCGACGCACGCUUUAUUCAUUACCGCAACGACGAGAUGUUUUGGUCCUCUUUACAAAGCAACCAACUACGGUUUUUUAACUCUCUCAACGACCUGCAGCGGAAUUUUACUGUCGAUCAUUUCGCAAUUCUAUCUCACUUCCAUCGGCUACACUUGGUUUUUCAUCAUCACAGCCUUCUUUCCGUUCACCGGUAAGUGGAGAUGUGGGAGAAAAUAUAUUCUUUCCUCCUAG